CAGUCUCUCAAUCUUUCUCUCUCAACCUUCAUCGUCAUCACUGCCCAUCGUUCUUUUUCUUCUCUUCCCCCCUCCCUUCGAGGGUUUUUUUUUUUUUGGUUUCAUUUUUCAUCUCCCCAUCUCUCUCUUCUCUUCAAAUCGACCUCCUUUUUUGUUUCCGUAUCCAUACAUUGAAGAAAUCACUAUGCAGCAGAUGCAGCAGAUGCAACAGAUGCAGCAACAACAGAGGCUGAAACAACAGCAAGCGUUGAUGCAGCAAUCUAUCUAUCAUCCUGGCCUUCUAGCGCCUCCUCAGAUAGAGCCUAUUUUGAGUGGUAAUUUGCCUCCUGGCUUUGAUUCAAGUACAUGCCGCAGUGUGUAUGUUGGAAAUGUUCACCCACAAGUUUCAGAACCACUUCUGCAAGAGGUUUUCUCAAGUACGGGUCCAAUUGAAGGGUGCAAACUCAUCCGAAAGGAAAAGUCAUCCUAUGGAUUCGUGGAUUACUAUGAUCGCAGAUCAGCUACUCUUUCUAUUGUAACUCUUAAUGGGAGGCAUCUGUUUGGGCAGCCUAUUAAAGUAAACUGGGCUUAUGCUAGUAGUCAAAGAGAGGACACGACAAGUCAUUUUAAUAUUUUUGUUGGUGAUCUUAGUCCUGAAGUUACCGAUGCUACUUUAUAUGCGUGCUUCUCUGCCUAUCCUACAUGCUCGGAUGCUAGAGUUAUGUGGGACCAGAAGACUGGUCGCUCGAGAGGAUUUGGGUUUGUUUCAUUCCGAAGCCAACAGGAUGCCCAGACUGCAAUAAACGAUCUGAAUGGAAAGUGGCUCGGAAGCAGGCAGAUUCGAUGCAACUGGGCAAUGAAGGGUGCUGGUAUUAACGACGACAAACAAAGUUCAGAUUCUAAAAAUGUUGUAGAACUAACUAGCGGAGCAUCAGAAGAUGGCCAAGAGAGAAUCAAUGACGAUGCUCCCGAGAAUAACCCCCAGUACACUACUGUAUAUGUUGGUAAUCUUGCUCCUGAGGUCUCUUCUGUUGAUCUUCACAGGCAUUUCCAUAAUCUAGGUGCUGGUGUGAUUGAAGAUGUUCGUAUUCAACGAGAUAAAGGUUUCGGUUUUGUUAGAUACAGCACUCAUGCCGAAGCAGCUCGAGCCAUUCAAACUGGAAAUGCUCAAAUUCUUUUUGGCAAACCAGUCAAGUGCUCCUGGGGAAGUAAGGCAACUCCGGCAGGGACAAGUUCGUCUCCUUUACCACCUCCAGCUGUGGGUGGUCAGAUACAAGGGGUUUCUGCAGCUGAGCUUCUUGCAUAUCAAAGACAGAUUGAAUUGAGCAAAAUGGCUGCACAAGCUCAAGCCCAAGCCCAAGCACAAGCACUUAUGCAUCAUCAUCAUACACAAGGCCAUCGAAUGGGUGCUGCUGUAACUGGAGCUAGCCAGGCUAUCUACGAUGGUGGGUACGCUGGCAUUACUUCAUCGCAGCCCCCAAUGUUUUAUCAGUGAUAAGUUUUAUUUUUCUUUUUACUCUAUUUAUGUCUCUACUCUAUGGUAAAAACAUGAAUGAAAACCGGGUUAGAAUUCAACUGGUGGGUAUAGGACCCUGCCUUCUGCUUGGUUUGUUUUUUUUCUUAUUCUCUUUUGUUUACUUGACAUGGAUUUAGAGGUCUUUGUGUGUGGCCUAUAAAUUGCACUUUUGCACCCACUGUAGUAGAAUUUUAUGGACUUGUAUUCUCAAACAUUAUCGUUAUUUUAGAUUUCUUUUUCUGAUAAAUGUUUAGUUGCAUAAUGUUUUCUCCA